UUACAUGCAACACUAUUUACAGAGAUGAUUCCCAGAGAUCCUUUCUGCAUUUCUCAUGUAAUGAAUUCUGGGAUCAAUAAUUGAGAAAUAUGAGGGCAUAUUUCUUGCAAAUGAUACACCAGUCUUCUUCAAGAAAAGGACAAUGGAGGUUUCGAAGAUGGUGUUAACUUUGAUAACAAUAUUAAUUCACCUACAAUUUUUAUUUUCUGAACAAGAAUUGUUGCCUGAUGAACAGAAAUUACUAUAUGACUUGGGUCUCUUUGACGUUGACGUGUACGACAAGAGUGUGAGGCCAGUUUUUAACGCCUCCAAGAACGUUCUGAUAGAUUUUGGAUUUACGUUGAUUCAAAUUGUGGACAUGGACGAGAAAAAUCAGGUUUUGGUAACAAAUGCUUGGCUGGUUCAUAGAUGGAUUGAUGACAGGAUUCGUUGGAACACCAGUGAUUAUAGUGGUCUGUACAACCUAAGAGUUCCAGCACGGGUUCUCUGGCUGCCUGAUGUUGUAUUGUACAACAAUGCUGAUGACUAUACCUCAGGUUUCAUGCCCAUUAAUGCCAUGGUGUACAACAACGGGGAAAUAUUCUGGUCUCCGCCAUCAAAACUAAGAAGUUCGUGCAAGGUUGAUAUUACCUAUUUCCCUUUCGAUAAACAGAUCUGCCCACUCAAAUUCGGAUCCUGGACGUACGAUAAAGCCCAAGUGGACAUCAGGACCACCAACGAUUCUGUAGAUGUUGUAGGUUACACGUCAAACGGCGAAUGGCUUCUGAUUGGUCAUUCGAUAGAACGUCAUGAGAUUAAGUAUCCAAUCAGCAGUGAGAUAUACCCGGAUGUAACAGUCGUGAUUGUCAUACAACGCAGGAUUCUUUAUUAUGUACUUAACAUUAUAUUUCCAUGUUUCUGGUUGAAUAUCCUUAGCUGUCUAACUUUUUGGUUACCAUCUGAUGCUGGAGAAAAAAUUACACUUAAUAUAACUGUUCUACUGUCGUACUCGGUGUUCAUGUUGGUGGUCGCAGAGAGCAUGCCACAGACUUCAGAGUUUGUUCCUUUGAUAGGUAUAUAUCUAACGAUUUCCAUGUCUACAUCCUCCAUCUGUGUGAUUAUAUCAGUGUUUAUAUUAAAACUACAUCAUCCAGGACCCCAGCCGAAGAAAGUUCCACGAUGGAUUAGAGUUAUUGUUCUUGGAUUUCUUUCACGUUUGCUCAAAUGCACCUGCUGUCGACGACAGAAUUAUUCAAAACAGAGAAAAAUCUUGCCUAGAUCUUCUUCCACAUGUUCCAGUCAAGGCUUUACUGAUAGUUCAUUGUUGUCUCUCCAAACUCAACAGAAACAUCUAUCUGAGAAAAAGCUGAGAUUGUCAUACGAUAAGCUGAAACACAUAGAAGAAGAGAACAUUUUUGAAAUCGGUUCGUCGAGCCAACCACAACACAAACUGUCAAAUAUAGAGGAACUAAUGAGUAACCUGAGCUUCAUAGUAUCUCAGUCAAGCAAAGCUGAGAUGGAGUAUGAGAUCAUCGAUGAAUGGAAGGAAGUUGCUCAAGUUGCUGAUCGCGUUGCUUUUCUCUGUUUCUUCUCAGUGACGCUGUUUUCAGCUAUUGUUGUUUUAGUUAUUGUACCUAGUUUUGUUUAUAAUGAACAAGAUGGAAUCUGAGUCAUAAAAUACAGUUGUUGUUGCAUUAAAAUUUUUCCUAUUUUGUUUUUAGAGACACGCUGUAUUUUAGCAAUCGUAGAUAAUUCCACCGAAGGAUUUACAAAUCAAAGAUAAAAAAUAUACUCUGGAAGGUUAUAACCUGACUACUGAUAUUGAUCUCAAAGUAUAAGUUUUGGAGCUCACGAAGGUGUAACCUCAAA